AUGAAGACAAGAUCCAAUGACGCUGUCUUAACCUUCACAGACGUCUGUCUGACCUUGAAAGACAAGACCAUUCUUACAAAUAUCAAUGGCAAAGCCAAAAGUGGACAGAUACUAGCUAUCAUGGGUCCAACAGGAUCAGGAAAAACCUCUCUUUUGAAUAUUUUGGCGGGAAAUGUGCCAUUGACAUCAGGAACGAUAACUCUGAACGGAAGCUCCUUUACCAAGUUACAGCGGCGGAAACUGGCGUAUGUUUUACAGAGUGAUAUAUUCAUGUCAAGGCUCACACUGAGAGAAACACUUUACUUUACCGCCAUGAUUCGACUUCCCGAUCACGUGUCAAAGGCGGAUAAAAUGGCGCGAAUUGAGGAAAUUGUGGAUGCGCUUCAUCUCAGAAAAUGUUUGGACACGAUUAUUGGUGACUUCAUGCAUCGAGGAUUGAGCGGAGGGGAGAAGAAGCGAGCUAAUAUAGCAUGUGAGCUACUGACCGAUCCCAACAUUAUGUUGAUAGAUGAACCCACUUCCGGUCUCGAUUCGAGCACCGCCCAAGUGUUGAUGGAGGAACUUCUGGACUUUGCCUCCCGGUAUAACAAAACGAUUCUGACCACCAUACACCAACCUUCCAGUCAGAUCUAUCACAUGUUCUCCUCCCUAUUGUUGCUUGUCAACGGACACGCUGCCUAUUAUGGUGAGGCUCAAACAGCCUUGCAGUACUUCAGUGACCUUGGGUUAACAUUCCCUGACCAUUACAACCCCGCUGAUAGCAUGUUGGAGCUGCUAACCAUUAAUACGGAGGUUCUCAACAGAAUUCUUGCAGCGUCUGACAAAAGAAAUAAUUUCAGGGUUGAAACAGAUAACAGUGAAAACUGUGACAGGAAAGAAAAACACAAAGGUGAAGACCAAAGAACCGGAGCGAUGACGUCACACUUGAAUGGAAACAUCGCGAAAACGCCGUCACAUGAUGUUGUCGUUGGUCUUGGGUACAACAAAAGAGAUCCCUCAGAAGUUGUACUAGAUGUUUCUUCCGUUGAUGAUGUGGUCACAAGCCGUGUUGAAUUCUCCAUACAUAAAAAGUGGGAAGCCUCGUUUUGGACGCAGUUCCGUAUGUUGUGCUGGAGAAAUACGAAACAGUCAAAAUGGCGGAUAUUUGAUGACUGUACAAUUGCACAUACCCUGAUCGUCUGCUGUGUCUUCUGUGUCAUUUAUUACCAGAUACCACACACCAUUGACACCCUCCGGAACAGGAUGGGCGCGGUUUUCUUUUCUUUGGUGUUUUGGGGAUUUGCCAUGGUAACCGAUUCCGUCACAAGUUUUAUGGGAGAGCGAGAAGUGGUCAGGAAAGAGCGGAAAUCCGGCGCUUACCGCCUCUCCGCCUACUACACGGCCAAAAUGGUUAGCGAGCUGCCCAUGAUGAUAGUGCUGCCCGUAGUCCAGCUCACUGUCAUGUUCUGGUUAGCUGGAAUCGGUGGACCAGUUAAAUACGCUAUGUUCCUGGGAAUAAACCUCCUGAAUUGUUUCACCAUGCAGAGUAUAGGUUACGUCAUAGGCGCCUGUGUCCACAGCUUUAAGUACAGCAUCACUGCAGUGAACACAUUGAUGGUGGUAUUUCUACUGUUAGGUGGAUUUUUUAACACGUCCUUUCCGACAUGGUUCAGCUGGGCUAAAUAUCUAUCCUUUCUCCAUUAUCCGUUCGCCGCCAUUGUGACCUUGUUGUUCGGAGAUAUGGAACCCGUGCGAUGUGGAAACUCCCAAAUGUUCAAGAUGUGCACAAAUGCAACACAGAUUAUAAGCGGAAGUGACGUGCUAAGCAGUGUGGGAAUUGACCUUCCUGUGUAUUGUUGUGUUGGAACACUAGCUGUGUUGGUUAUUUUGUUACGUAUUCUUGGGUAUUAUGCCAUUAAAUAUAAAUUGUAA